CGUCCCCAGGAGCCAUGUCCCGGCGGCGCUGAGCCGUCGCCGUCGCCGCCGCCGCCAUGGGGAGCAUCUACAAGGACUACUUCAACCGCGACAAGAUCCGCGAGCACUACAACUUCACCAAGGGCGACGGCGGCGAGGGCGCGGCGCCCUCGCGCUGGGUGGGCUCCGUCCUCAUCGUCCUCCUGUGCUGCGUCAUCGUGCUGGAGAACCUCCUGGUGCUGGUGUCCAUCUGCCGCAACAAGCGCCUGCACCUCGCCAUGUACAUCUUCAUCGGCAACCUGGCCGCCUCGGACCUGCUGGCCGGCGCGGCGUUCAUGGCCAACACGCUGCUGUCGGGCAGCACCACCUUCAGCCUGACGCCGGUGCAGUGGUUCGUGCGCGAGGGCACGGCCUUCGCCACGCUGGCCGCCUCGGUGUUCAGCCUGCUGGCCAUCGCCAUCGAGCGGCACGUGGCCAUCACCAAGGUGAAGGUGUACGGCAGCGACAAGAACUGCCGCAUGGUGCUGCUGAUCGGCGCCUGCUGGGCCAUCGCCGGCGCCGUCGGCAGCUUGCCCAUCAUGGGCUGGAACUGCAUCAGCGACCUGGGCGACUGCUCCACCGUGCUGCCGCUCUACUCCAAGCGUUACGUGCUCUUCGUCACCACCAUCUUCACCCUCAUCCUGGCCGCCAUCGUGGGGCUCUACACGCGCAUCUACUGCAUCGUCCGCUCCAGCCACGCCGAGAUCGCCUCGGCGCAGACCCUGGCGCUGCUCAAGACCGUCACCAUCGUGCUGGGCGCCUUCAUCGUCUGCUGGCUGCCCGCCUUCAUCAUCCUCCUGAUGGACGCCUCGUGCCCGGUGCGCGCCUGCCGGGUGCUGUACAGCGCCAACUAUUUCUUCGCCUUCGCCGCGCUCAACUCGGCGGCCAACCCGGUCAUCUACGUGCUGCGCAGCAAGGACAUGCGCGGCGAGUUCCUGCGCGUGCUCUGCUGCCGCGGCCGCCGCCCGCGGCCCCCCGGCCGGCCGGGGGUCCCGCUGCGCACGUCCAGCUCGCUGGACAAGGCCGCGGCCGGCCCCGCCGCCGAGCCGGGCGCGGCGCCGCCCGCCCGCGAGGGCACCACGUCCGUGUGA